CUUUCAGCUUAAAAUAAACUUAACCCCUCUACACCAGUACUGCAGUAUUCAAAUCAAUUUCUUGAUCCUGCAGAGACCAAAAAGAAAAGGGCUGAAACGAGAGCUUAGUUUGCACCAAUUCAUCACUGUUUAUUAAUUAUGGGGGAAAAGAAGCCUUAUUUAGCGGUGAUCUUGGUACAGUCAAUCUAUGCUGGAAUGUUCUUAGUCUCAAAAGCAGCCUUCAAUGUUGGUAUGAACAAUUUUGUCUUCGUAUUUUACAGACAGACUGCUGCAACUCUUUUCUUGGCUCCUCUUGCACUUUUCUUAGAAUGGAAAAAUCGGCCGCCUCUAUCAUUCGUGACCUUCUGCAAGAUUUUUCUGCUAUCUUUUUGCGGGAUUACUUUGAGUUUGGAUAUCUAUGGAAUCGCACUUGUUUACACUUCUGCAACUUUGGCUGCUGCAACUACAAAUUGCCUUCCUGUCAUUACUUUCUUCCUGGCCCUUUUGCUCAGGAUUGAGGUGCUGAAGUUGAGGACAUUCUCAGGUAUUGCAAAGCUUAUAGGCAUAAUAGCAUGUAUGGCUGGAGCUGCAACUCUUGCAUUUUUUAAAGGCCCCCACUUUAAACUCUUGUGCAAUCAUCAAAUUUUUGGGUCCUAUGACAGCCAAGAGCUUGUGGGGCAUGUUUCUUCUGGGAAAACAUGGAUAAAGGGUUGUUUCCUUAUGCUCAUGUCCAACACCUUUUGGGGCUUGUGGCUUGUUUUGCAGGCAGGAGUUUUGAAAAGUUAUCCGUUAAAGCUUCUCUUCACCACACUUCAGUGCUUUUUAAGCUCAAUCCAAUCAUUUGUCAUUGCCUUUGCUUUAGUAAGAGAUCCUCAUGAGUGGAUGCUUGGUUGGAACGUCAGACUUUUAGCUGUAGUUUAUUGUGGAAUUAUGGUGACGGGGGUUACAUUUUAUGUGCAAGCAUGGGUUAUAGAGAAGAAAGGGCCAGUGUUCUUAGCCAUGUCCACACCAUUAAAUUUGAUCUUUACAAUGUUUUGUUCUGCACUUCUCCUAUGUGAAAUCAUCAGUUUGGGAAGCGUUAUGGGUGGGGUAUUAUUGGUUGGAGGCCUCUAUAGUGUCUUAUGGGGGAAAAGCAAAGAAGAGAAAAUGAAAGAUAAAAUUUGCAUAAUAGGGGAUGCUGAGCAGAAAGAAUGCUCAGAGUUGAAACAAGUCAUUCCCAGUGGCAAUCAAGGGACAAUUGCCUGUGUAAUUUGAUUGCUACCAUCAUUGUCUCGCAAGUGGAAUGCGUUGAACCUUUUCUUGCCUUUAUUAGAAGGAAAAAUAGAGAGAUUAUAAAUGAAGUGAGGUGAGGUUUUAUGGUUGCCAACAGAAAAGUAAUGCUUCAGAUUUUUUAUAAUGUACACUUUAACUUUUAUUAUU